GAAAUGUUUUUUUAAGGAAAAAAGCAGUACCAAACGGUUAAACUCAUGAGAUGCCUAUAUAAAAGAAUGCUAUUCAUUGUUUUUUAAAGCAUUAAUUGUUGUUCAUUUCCCUGACUGCUCGCAGAAACAUUUUGCAUUUGUUGUUUUUCAUAUUUGCGGAAGAACUGCGCAAGGAUUUGUAUGAGAAGUAUGAAAUGAGGAAUAAGUGAUAGCAGAGGCCUAUUUCUUCUGCCCGACAAAUUUGUGCAAAUGUGGGCGGUGGAGUUUAUACAUUUUCCAGCACCUGGGAGCACAUUCUUGCUUUGGUUUGCACCUGUUGCAGGAACAAAUAUUGCAGAUCCCCAGCUGGUGCAAGAGAUAUUCUCUCUGAGGUCUGAUGAUUAUGAGAAAAUUGAGGCCAAUAAUGCUCUGAAGAAAUUGGAAAGUGAAGAGUUACUGGACUUGAAAGGCGAGAAAUGGGCUCAGCACAGAAGAAUCAUCAAUCCUGCUUUUCACAUGGAAAAUAUCAAACUAAGACACAGUUUUAUAGAAUUUUUCAUCAGUUAUAGUAUUAGACUGCAAUAGAUGUUCUCGUAUCAACCCGCAUAUAUGAGCUCUAUAUAUGUCUUAAUAUAUUUGUCCAGUUUAUUCUGAUUGCA